AAGAAGCGGUGAACGAGGUGAAGCGUCAGGCCAUGUCCGAGCUGCAGAAGGCCGUGUCGGACGCCGAGCGGAAAGCCCACGAGCUGAUCACGACGGAGCGGGCCAAGAUGGAGCGAGCCCUGGCCGAGGCCAAGCGCCAGGCUUCGGAGGACGCCCUGACCGUCAUCAAUCAGCAGGAGGACUCGAGCGAGAGCUGCUGGAACUGCGGGCGCAAGGCGAGCGAGACCUGCAGCGGCUGCAACACCGCCCGCUACUGCGGCUCCUUCUGCCAGCAC